AGAGAGAGAGAGAGACGGAGAGAGAGGGAGAGAGAGAGAGAGAGAGAGAGAGAGAGAGAGAGAAAGAGAGAGAGAGAGAAAGGAACACAGACAGAGAUGACAGAAAGUGACAGAGGGUGCUGUCUUGUCCGUAAGCAGAAGAGUGUGUAUCGUACGUCAGUGUGUGUGUCUGCCGACAACAGGCUGCAAGUAUGACCCUCUCACCUGAAAUCUAAGGAUCUCUCACCCCACUGGACAGACACAUGGACACACAGCUACACGGACCAACACCAUGGGCUCAAGAUUAAAAGAAAACCCUGACAGGACCUUCUACUGGUUCUUUGAAGCAUCUUGUCCAAUCGCAAAUGACAAAGAUCCUGACGUGUUGUUUGAGUUUCCUGAAGACUUCAGUGAUGAGGAAUCCCGCCAGACUCUACCAAGGUUCUGCUUUCCCUAUGACAUAGAGAGAGUGAGAGAUGUGGUAGCAGUGCAACACUUCACCUUUGUGUUGACUGACUUGGAGGGAUGCCAACGCUUCGGCUUCUGUCGCCUCACCAGCAGCUCACACACCUGCCUCUGUAUGCUUAGCUACCUACCUUGGUUUGAAGUGUUUUACAAACUUCUGAACAACCUGGCUGACUAUCUGACCAAGGGACAGACCAAUGAGAUGCGAGAACUGCUGGGCGCCCUCUACACACAUCCCCUGCCAUUGGCUGUCGGCUCUGUCACUCUGCAGCUGGGAGAGAAGCUAUUGGUCAGGACAGAGAUGCCCCGCCCUCCUGGACAUGCCCCCCUCACUCCGGGGAAGGGGCAGGAAGGGGUCCCGUACUUCAUCGCUCCAGACCCCAGAGGACUCCCUUCCAUCCCUGAGAGUAGGAACCUGACAGAGUUGGUGGUAGCGGUAGAUGUGUCUAACCUCCUCCAGCUCUAUGCCAGCAUGUUGUUUGAGAGACGCAUCCUCAUCCUCUCCAGCAAACUCAGCACAUUGACAGCGUGUGUUCAUGCCCUCAGUGCUGUGCUCUACCCCAUGUACUGGCAACACAUCUUCAUACCUGUCCUGCCCCCACACCUACUGGACUACUGCUGUGCUCCGAUGCCCUUCCUCAUAGGAGUCCACUCCAGUCUGACAGAGAGAGUGAGAAGCCGGGGGUUAGAGGACGUGGUGAUUCUGAAUGUAGACACCAACACUAUAGAGUCUCCCUUCGAAGACCUGAAGAAGAUACCAGCAGAUGUGGUAUCAGGUCUGAAGUUGUGUCUGAAACGCCAGGCAGCGUCAGCAGGUGUGGGCGUGGCCAAGGCCUUCCUCAGGGCUCAGGUUCUGCUGUUUGGAGGAUAUGGAGACGCUCUGAAGGGAAACACGAAUGGUCAGAUCAUGUUCUGUGAGGAGGUUUUCCUGGACCACAGGUCUCCCAGUAUGAGACAGUUCCUACAGAGUGCUGUCCAUCUGCAGCUCUUCAAACAGUUUAUUGAUGGACGUCUGGAGCUGCUGAACAGAGGGAUAGAGCCAGACGACCUGUUUGAACAAGAGAUGCUACAGUGUGGAACAGCAGAAGCAGGAAGCACCAAAGCCUAUCAUCAACUGGUGGGCAACCUGAAGAAAGGGGGAGGAGCUCUCAUCCUUAACGUCAAGUCUAAGACUCACAUGUACAAGUCGGCCAAACGUGGCUUGAGGAACUUUCUAUCACCCAAGGAGCACGUUGAGAUUCUCUCCGUUAAGAGAGGCAACUCCGUGUCCGGAACACACACACACCGCCGCAAACAAUCAGAUUGUCUUCAGAGCCGUUUACCAAUCACACAACACUUUGGGAAGUCUCGUCCCCGUCGUCCAGUUAACAAACAAGGCUGUCUCCUUGACGACAAGAACACACAAGAGAACAGAGACACCUGGGAGGAAGACUGGCAGGACAGUGCUGUCUCAGGCCCCGUGGCAGACCCAGAGCUCCAGGAGGAGGAGGGGGGAGACUCAGGUAUGUGUGACCCAGAGGAGAUGGACCUCCUGGGGGAGAUCUUUGACACGCUGAGUGCCCGGAGCUCCCAUGACCGCGGCCUGCUCUACGGGACACGAAGUCUAGACCUGUUUGGACCUGAUACUACUGACUACAUCAGACAGAGGGGCCUGGCCACUCCCAGUCAGGAAAGUCUAGGCGUGUCCAUCGGUGGGAGUGGCAGUCUGCACAGCUGGAACCAGGAGGACGGGCUACAUUACAUGGGGGAGGGGCCAGAACAGACCGAUGAUUCUGAUGGGCUAGGAGAGGGACAGGUGUUGUCAGAGGAAGCAUCAGAAACACCUCAAGGGAGAAGAGAGGACGGGAGGAGAGAGAAGGAGUGGAGAGAGGAGGGAAGGAGAGAGGAGGGAAGGAGAGAGAAGGAGUGGAGAGAAGGAAGGAGAGAGGAGGGAAGGAGAGAGGAAGAGAUGGAAAAGGGGUUGGUGGAAGCAGAGGAGCUUAAAGAGAGGAAAGAGGUGGGGAUGGAGAGAUGGAAUGUGCUGAGGCAAGGAGGGCAGGAUGAUCAACAGAUGGAGGAGAGGAAGAGGGAUGAAGACAUCACUAUGGACCCAGAGAUUCAGUCUGAAUGUGUGGGUGAGAAUGGGAAGGGGAAAGAAGUGGAGGGAGAGAAAGAGAGAGAGAAGAUGCAGAAUGACAGAGGUAAAGACCAACAAGAAGAGGAGAACCAGGGGCAGGAGAGAGGCCCCAAGACACCAGGAGAAUUACCCAGGAACAGAGGCCCAAGGCCGGGUGCUGAGUCUAGGGCCGGAGCAGUGGAGGACAACCAGGGAGAAGGGGACAGACUCACCCCCAAAACCACUGCUUUUCCUGGGCCUGAGAACGGCACAGCAACCCAUGCUUCUAAACAACCCCUGGGUCAGCUAGAAAGAGAAGAAAGGGGGGAAAUAGAGGUGGGACCCACACCCCUUUCUCCCAGUGUUCUAUCUGCUGUAGCACUGUUCCAGUCACCGGCCUCCGUGCAAACCCUCCAUGGGAAGGCCCAGACCAGGGGCUCGCCUAAACCCAGUGAGCCCAGCAACACACCUCGGACCUGGGACACUAUACAGAAGAGCUGCCCUCAGGAACCCAACAACACCCAGGUCUCACCGAAUGACAGAGCUGGCCCUGACAUAGCCACCCCUGUCCUGACUACACCUAUAAAUAACCAAUCAGAACCAGGGCAGAACACCACAGUACAGGAAGACCCGCCCCCUGUCAAGGUGUCUGAGCUGAAGAAGAGAUUUGAAGCUUGAUGAUUGGUGCAGGACUGUUUGAGUGGCGCAAAGCUCAGCCAAUGAUUCUGCAGUUUUCAAAGACUGGGGGACUUGAUGAGUCAGAGAAGAAAUUGGGAUGGGAAGUGAAACUCAGGAACAUGAAGCGCUCUGAAUGUUGCAAGUAGAAAUAGAAUGAAUAGAAUUGACACAAUCCCAUAUUCUAACCGACAGACAGUAAUUCCAGUUCUACACCAUACAUUUCUAUCUGAACAUUCUGUAACGUUCUUAUACAGGUCUAUGAUGUAAUGCAUAAGGCCAGAAGUUUUCCCCAGGGUGUAUUCACUUGGACGCAAACGGAACCGAACGGGGAGGGACCUUUCUGAAUAUUUCCAAUAGAAACUCUCAAUUUCGUUGGAAAAUAUUUUCAGUUUGGAUUAAACGGUUACCAUUGCAAAACGUUUUGAUACAGCGCUAAACAUUUAGCUACAUUGUGCGACUAUUGAAUAUCAGUUGUGGAAAAAGUACCCAAUUGUCAUACUUGAGUAAAAGUAAAGACACCUUAAUAGAAAAUGACAGGUAAAAGUGAAAAUCACCCAGUAAAAUACAACUUGAGUAAGUCUAAAAGUAUUUAUUUUAAAAUAUUCUUAAGUAUUAAAAGUCAAUGUAAUUGAAAAAAAUGUACUUAAGCAUAAAAAGUAAAAGUACAAAUAAUUUAAAAUUCCUUGUGUUAAGCAAACCAGACGGCACCAUUUUCUGUUUAUAAUAAUAAUAAUAAUAUAUAUUUACAGAUACCAGGGGAACUCAGACAUAAUUUACAAACGAAGCAUUUGUGUUUAGUGAGUCGGCAAGAUCCGGUAGUAGGGAUGAACAAGGACGUCCUCUUGAUAAGUGCGUGAAAUGGACCAUUUUCCUGUCAGAAUGUAACAAGUACGUUUGGGUGUCAGGGAAAAUGUACGGAGUAAAAAGUACAUUAUUUUCAUAAAGAAUGUAGUGAAGUAAAAGUUGUCAAAAAUAGUAAAGUAAUGUUUUGAUACCAAAAAAAAAAACUGAAAUAGUACUUGAACGUAUUUUUACUUAAGUACUUCACACCACAGUUGAAUAACCCACUGAUCAUGUCACAUGACAUUCAGGAACCAGUUGUGUCCAAUCCCUCUGACUGAUGUCGCUGGUUGUAUUGUCCUUAGAUGACCAGCAGGUGGAGCUUGUGGAACAUGAACACAUUAACACAAUGCACUGAAUACACACUUGAAGAUAUUUUUUUAUUACUAAAUCAAAUAUUUUUUUCCUGGAUGAUAUUAAAUGCACUGAAUAAAUGGAAGUUUUAUACUUUU